GUAAUAACGCUUCAAAGCUCGCAAAGCAAAUUAUAUCCCCGUACCGAGGUAACCUACCACAGUUCUCCGUCCCCUCCUUUGCGCAUGCUCAAAAGAAGAACGGAACUGUCGGGAAUUGACAGGCGUAAGCACUACUGAAAUCGCAUUGCUUGGAGUAUAUGUGGUUGAACAUCGCCUCGCAUGCUCACCACUACCGAUUGUGAGCCCAAAUUAGGAUUCAGGAUAAAUUUAACUCGACUCCCUACGAGCAUCUUUAACGAGCAUUCAAGAGGAGGUAUAUGAUAAAAUGAAGGAGUACCUCAAGUUCUAUAUAAAUGGCGAAUGGGUAGAUCCGGUGACGCCCGCUACCAUUGACGUGAUCAACCCGGCCACGGAAGAAGUCUUUGCAAAGAUCUCAGCGGGUUCCUCAGCCGAUGUUGACAAAGCAGUCGCAGCAGCCCGUGCCGCUCUCCCUGCGUUCCAACAGACGACGAAGGCCGAGCGCAUGGAGCUUUUGAAGAGGAUCCUUGAUGUGUAUCAGAGACGCAUCGAGGAUAUUGCUCAGGCAUGCUCUAUGGAGAUGGGUGCACCGAUCGGACUUGCCCGAAAUGCACAGGCUGCAGCAGGACUGGGGCAUCUGGCUAACACCUUAAAGGCUCUUGAAAAAAUGGAAUUCGAGGAGCAACGCGGAUCGUCAAGAAUCAUCCGUGAAGGCAUCGGCGUAGUUGGGCUCAUUACCCCGUGGAACUGGCCACUCAAUCAAAUCGUAGCAAAGACCGCGCCUGCUAUCUCCGCAGGCUGCACAAUGAUAUUGAAGCCAAGCGAAGUGGCACCUACGACCGGCACAAUUUUCGCAGAGAUUAUGCAUGAAGCUGGCGUACCUCCGGGUGUUUUCAACCUAGUUAAUGGUGAUGGGCCAUCUGUUGGUCAAAAGAUGGCCGAGCAUCCGGAUAUCGAUAUGAUGUCUUUCACUGGUUCCACGCGUGCCGGUGUUAUUGUUGCAAAGGCUGCUGCUGAUACCGUGAAGCGUGUAAGCCAGGAGCUGGGUGGCAAGUCACCCAACAUCAUUCUUCCGGACGCAGACCUAGAAGCGGCCGUAACCCGCGGAGUUUACAGCUGCUUCAACAAUAGCGGCCAAUCUUGCAAUGCUCCAACACGGAUGCUUGUCCCAGCAGAAAAAAUGGAUCAGGCUCUUGCUAUUGCUAAAGCCGCUGCUGAAAAGCAUAAGGUAGGCGAUCCGACCAAGGAAGACACUAUGCUCGGCCCCGUUGUUAGCGAGGCUCAGUUCAACAAAAUCCAGAGCCUCAUUGAGGCGGGUAUCAAGGAGGGUGCGACCAUGGUUACUGGUGGGCUUGGACGUCCAGAAGGCCUUGAACGUGGUUAUUAUUGCCGUCCAACAGUCUUUGGUAAUGUAAAUAACAACAUGAGGAUUGCUCGUGAAGAGAUCUUUGGGCCUGUCCUCUCAAUCCUUCCAUACAAAGACGAGGAAGAUGCUAUUGCCAUUGCCAACGACACUGUCUAUGGCCUUUCUGCAAGCGUCGAGUCUAAUGACAUUGAACACGCUCUGAAAGUUGCUCGUCGUAUCCGAGCUGGACAGGUUAGGAUGUCGUCAACCGCAUGGGACCCGUUUGCUCCAUUUGGUGGCUAUAAGCAAUCGGGUAACGGUCGUGAGUUUGCAGACUGGGGUAUUCAUGACUUCCUCGAGGUUAAGGCCGUUGUAGGCUAUGGAGCUAACCUGUAAAGGAUGAUUUAAAUGGAGAAAAUCGAUUCUUAAAAUAGAUUUCCUGAAUUCCAGCUUUGUAGAAUCAAUGCAGGUAGUGUAAACACGAAUAUGAUAUCAAC